AUGGGUCCCGAAAUGACCAUCGGAACGGAGUUUUACCCCGUGGAUAAGCUGCUGGCCAAGCUCUCCGAGCAGAAUGCAAACAUCCCCCAGCAAAGCGAGACACUGAAGAGGGGCGAGAACGAGCGUGCUGCUGCCGCUCAACAGUACUCAAGCAGCUCUCUUCCUGUUACACCUGCAACUGAAGAGUUUCCAUCGAUUACUCCUUCCGCUCGACCUGCCAGUGCAGACACAGAGGAUAAGAGUGCUGAGGCGGAUGAGCUCACGCGCCUCAAGCUUCAGUUGGCCCAGGCUCAUAACCAAAUCUCGCAUUUGGAGCAGGCCACAAGCCGAACAUCACAGUCAGACCAGGGCCCUUCCAGCAUUGAGCAAUUCCCGAAGAUGGACUCUCCUCGUGACGCAUUGUGGGGUCAAACAGGAGACGGCCAGUCUGACAAUAGUGACAUCCACUCUGGCAACACGUUCAGUCGUGCCCGCGGCUUCUGGAACAAUUCACAGGGGACAUUUCCUGAAUUUCAUGCCCAGGCUCCUGUUUCUGAACACGCUGCCGGAGGAUGGCUCGGCGGCCGAGGCUUCAAUCAUGGCCUCGCAGAAUCCCCUGCUCCGAUAUUCAAUACUGUCCAUGAACAGCGCUCUGAUCGCCCUGGACCGGACACUGAAUAUCUCAUGCGAGAUGUUCGCCGUCCUGCUCGAUUCGACCACAGCCGCACGACCUCACCCCAGUAUGGUGGCCCUUUCAAUCUGUACAACCCACCUGCUGGCCAGUACGCGGGAAUGCUUCAUGCUGGAGUCUCGCCCAAUCAGAUUGCGGGUGGAAAUAUGCAAGGUCACUUGGGACUGGCCUCUGCGUCCGCGGGUAUGUACACUCACGCGCAGCAGCCCUUCGACACGCCAUUGUCACCAUACGCAUCUGAAUUCACAUCCAAGACGCCUUGGAAGACUGAGACAGUAUCGACCGAUGGCCCCAUGUACUUGCCCACGACUGAGCCUUUGAAUUAUCGCCGUUUGUUGGACCGAAACGUCAAUUGUAAUUGGAAGUACAUUGUCGACAAGAUUGUGUGCAGCAAUGACCAGCAAGCCUCGAUCUUUCUUCAGCAGAAGCUCAAAGUGGGAACACCGGAGCAGAAGUAUGAGAUUGUGGAGGCCAUCGUCGCCCAAGCUUACCCCUUGAUGGUGAAUCGGUUCGGCAACUUCCUCGUACAGCGUUGUUUCGAGCAUGGCACGCCGGAACAAGUCAUCAAGAUUGCGGAAGCUAUCCGAGGCGACACUCUGAGCUUGUCCAUGGAUCCCUUUGGAUGCCACGUCGUCCAGAAAGCCUUCGACUCGGUACCCGAAGACUACAAGGCUAUCAUGGUACAUGAGCUCCUUCGACGUAUUCCCGAGACUGUCAUUCACCGCUACGCCUGCCAUGUUUGGCAGAAGCUCUUUGAACUGCGUUGGACGGAAACGCCUCCUCAAAUCAUGAAGUAUGUCAACGAAGCCCUUCGUGGUAUGUGGCAUGAGGUUGCCCUGGGUGAGACAGGCAGCUUGGUUGUCCAGAAUAUAUUCGAGAAUUGCCUUGAGGAUGACAAGCGUCCAUGCAUCGAAGAAGUCCUCGCGAACAUCGACAUUGUUGCCCAUGGCCAAUUCGGCAACUGGUGUAUUCAACACGUCUGUGAACAUGGCACUCCUCCCGACCGCAGUCGGGCGAUUGACCAUGUCAUCCGUUACGCAGCCGAGUACAGCACGGAUCAAUUCGCAUCCAAAGUAGUAGAGAAGUGCCUCAAGAUCGGAGGAGCGGAAUUCCUCGGCCGCUACCUUGAUCGUGUCUGCGAAGGUCGCCGUGACCGUACUCGGAUUCCUCUCAUCGACAUUGCCAGCGACCAAUACGGCAAUUACCUGGUGCAAUGGAUACUCAACAACGCAUCACCUCAGCACCGAGAAGUCGUGGCGGCUCACAUUCGCAAGCACAUGGUCUCACUACGCGGCUCAAAGUUCGGCUCUCGCGUUGGCAUGCUUUGCACGAACCACGCUGUCACGACUCGACCUGGUCCUGGCGUCGGUCCCGGUAUGGGAGGUGGGCGCAUGGGACCUGUGGCUCGCUUCGGGGGCAACAGUGCUUAUCGCUAG